ACUCAAUAUCUAACCAUUAAUUGUAACGUCACAUAAAACGCUUUAUUUAAAAUGUUUUUGAUUCAAAUAAUCUUCCUAGCCUCCCUAACUUCUCUCUUUAUCACGGCAUUGGCCAAUUUAAAGUGUUCGAACGAAUUACCACCUCUCAUCCCCAAUUACUAUCUGAUGGAGAAAUGCCAUCGAUCAAAACUCGGGAUAGCUGCUAAAGCCAAUUACACUUCUCUAGCCAGUUGCCAGCGUCUUGGUAUUGAGAAGAAAGCUUUAGCCCUUAACUUUAGUCCACCAGAAGCUCAUGAACAUGGUGAGGAGUUGGAGUAUACUUGUGAGGUCCUGAAAUGUGCUGAAGUGGAUGGAGGAUUGUCGUUGGUGAAUGACACGAGAUAUGAUUUUUAUAGCAUAUACGCGAAACCUUUACCUGAUGAGAAUUCAACCUGUGUACCAGCAACCGGUAUGUUCUCACUGCUACACAAGAAGUUAAACUACACGGAAGCGCAAGCGCUGUGCAAAAACAUGACAAGCGUGCUGGCUGAUGUCAUGAGCGAGCAAAGAACAGAUAUGUUGGCAAAUUUAGUGGCUGGAGCGAAUAUUGAAGCUGCUUUCGUAGCAUUGAGGAGUUUUAAUGGCAGUGCUUUCUUUAGCGCCAAUGGAGACUCUUUGGACUGCACCACCUACCGUGCCUGGGCACCGGGCCAUCCCAGAAGGUACCGAGAUAAGUUUGAUUGUGUAGUUAUCACACGACAAAGAACCUGGCAGUCUACUCCGUGUAAAAAGAAAUAUCUAGUGUUGUGUGAACUUGUUCCUGGGGGCCCAUAUAAAAGGGGAUCUAUAUUUCCUAGUAAGAAACGUAAUGACACGCAACCCACCAAUGAAAACGGUGAUAGUAAUAAACUUUGA